AUGGCAACAUCCUCAGCGACCUCGCCAACCCCCACCCCCUCCUUCCGCCGCCGACUCCAACACAAACACCACCUCUCCCUACAAACCCACAACAUCCCGCCGUCCCCAUGGCCGGGCGGUACUCCCAACACCGCAAAUCCCGGCGUGAGCAGCAGCAGCGGAAGUGCCAGCACAGCUAGCACGAUCCUCAUGAGCGGCAUAACCAGCGGCAGCAUGAGCGCCAGCGCCAUCUCCCCGAUGCGUAGGCAGCAGCAGCUAUUCCUGCAGCACUCCCACUCCCAACAGCCACAACAACAAAAAGAGCAAUACCCCGCCAGCGCAACGGCAACAACACGCCCACCGCUCUCACCACGAGGGUACUCGGCCGCUGCAGCGACUGGCCAGAGCCGGUUUGUCGAAGGGUCGAUGAACGAUCGGGUGUCGGCUGCGCCGCCGGCGGGGUUUCUGGGGGCUGAUGACCUCGUGGAUAGUGAUGACGAGAGCGGUGAAGACAGGGAUAAACAACAACAAGUGGAAAUGGACGAGGAAGAGGAGCAGAUCAGGGAGUAUCGUGGUUGGGGAGGGUUGGAUGAACGGUUGGGUGGUGGUGGUUUGACUGGUGUCUGGGGUAAAGGAAAGGGACAAGGGGAGUACACGACUGUUGCAGCGGGCGCCGAACGCGGUAGCGGGAGCGGACUUCGGACGAGGGGCGGUGCACUUGGUGGUGGUGGUGGACGUGGAGGGGGGGUUGUCGGGACUGCGUCGGGACGGUAUGUCCUCCGUCGACCGAGGAGUACGGCGGGGUGGAUUCGCUCGGGGGAACAACAACAGGCUGGUCAGGGACAGGGGCAGAGUCAAGGACAGAAUCAGGGACAGAGGGGGGGUGUGGUGAAGAAGACGAGUUUCCUCGCGCCGUUGUGGGAUGGGAUGCGGGAGAAACUGAACUUGAGCAAGUCCAAGUCGUCGGGGAGUAUUGGGCGGGUCAUGAGCUCGGUGGUGGGUGGGGGGGCUACGGGUACUGUUGGUACGGCUGCGGGAGAGAAUAAGAAACUCGACCGAGACAACGAAACUGAAAAGGAGCGACUGUUGAUGCUGGCCGCCCAAACUGGGGGUGCUGCACCAGCCCCGAGUGCUCAUCCCCACCCCUCGGCCACGGGCUACCCCAGCCGUGAAGAGGUUCUCGAAAGCUACAAAAGCCUCGUCGCCUCGGGAUUCUUCCAAGCGCACGCCAUCCGCGGCGGUCGACACCCUCUCCCUGCGCGCGGGGGUAGCAGUGUGGCCGCAGCUGGUCCAUCAGGCCGGUCAGCGUUUGCCGAGUUCAACCCGCCGAUUCCGGAAUCCCCUCCGUCGUCGACGCGCAAGUCCUUCUCGGAACGCAUGGUUGUCUCGCCUCCCGGGAGCAACGUGCCGUCUGUGUCGGGUCGGUCGUUUGCGGAUCAUAUGGCCGCGCAACAGCAGAGCCAGCAGCAGCUCAAACCAGCCAUGUCCAUCUCUUCUUCGUCCGUCCACAGCAGGCAUACCACCAACUCCAACUCCGACUUCAACGGCCACAUGCCCCCUCCAGCACCGCCCCCCCGUGGCUCAUCCCACGGCAAAUCCAACAGCAUCGGCAGUCCCAGCAGCACGUUGUCCUCUCCCUCGCGCGGCACCAAGCGCGGCGCAUCGGUCGAUUUAGCCGGUGACGCUGAGAUGGUCACGCGUAAGCUGGUCAAGAAGUUGCGGCACUCGGCGUCGCGGCUGUCUGUGGAGUUGUCGGGGGCUCGUGAUGCCAACGGCAGCAGCAGCAAACCUAUCAGAAGAGGGAGUAAGGACAGGAACGGGAAUAGGAUCAAGAGCAGGAGUGGUAAUGGGAAGGGGUAUUACCCGCCUUUGUCUUCCUCGUCGGCGAAGUAUGGUGCGGUCCAACAGCGGCCGGCGACUGCGGCUGGGUCUUCGCCUUCCCAGGGUCGGGGUCAUGGGUAUAGUCAUAGCUAUGACUAUGGUUUGGCUUCGCCGACCGGCGGUAGCUCGGGUAUCUUUGGCGCGGCACAUCUUGCUGCGGCUACCCCGGCCAGGCAUUCGGUUGAUGUUGCUCGGCCGACUGCUGCGACGACUGCCACUUCCACUGCCACUGCUACUGCCAUUGUCACAGCAUCUAAGGGAAAGCUGACCAAGGCGCGUGACGGAAGACGACGCAGGAUCCUGGGGUUGACUAGACGACAUCGUUCACCGGAGGAUGAUGACCAAGGCGAAGAACAGGUCCGGGAACAGCCCCAGCAACCGCCUGUCCAAAAUACCGUUAAUGCACAAGACGAAGAUGUCAUGAUGCUUGACGACCCGACACCAGCACCUGCUUCAUCUUUCAGCAACAACAAACUCCACCGCAACAUCACACCCCCACCAGCCUCCUUCCGUUCCCCCUUUGCAGCACACCCUCAUACGAAGCCAAACCUGACCUCAGCUACGAACACAAACUCCCGCAACAGCAGCUUUCGCGGCGGUAUGCGUGCUGUUAGUAACAGUAGUGCUAUGAGCAUUGACUGUGAGGAUAAUGGCCCUCAGCGGAAUCAGGGUCAGGAGUACAGCAGUGGGGAGUAUCGGUACGGAUAUGGGUCUGGGUCUGGGUCUGGAUCUGGGUUUAAUGGCCAGAGGGAAGAAGGCGGCGGUGAGAAGCCGUUGAGUAUUGUGCCGGAUCCGAAUCAGGGGAUUCCAUCUGUGCCGAGGAUUCCGAGGGAGUUUUGUGAGGGUGGGGGGGUUGUUGUUCCUGCUGCUGCUACCAGUACCACUGGCGGUAGUUUUGGUGGGUUUGCUGGGUUUGGUGGAUUUGGUGGUGCUGGUGCUAGUGGUGUGAGUGUAGGUGUUGGUGGCCAUGGGAGGGGAGAGAGGAAGACGGCUGGGAACCGGGACUCGGGGCUGGGACAGGGCGAGGGCGGAGAGAAUGUGGAGAAUGUUCCUGUUUGGGGCUGA